AUUCUGGGCCGGGAGAGUGGAGUUGGAUCAGCAAAAGGUAGGGUUUCGUUUGUUGAAAUAUAUAAGGCGUAAUAUUAGGGUUUUUUCAGGGAGCCAAGAAGCAGAGAGAUACAAUACAGAGUGUGUUGUUGCUUCUUCGCCACAACUCAACAACAUGGGUAUCUCCAGAGAUUCUAUGCACAAGAGGCGUGCCACUGGUGGCAAGAAGAAGGCCUGGAGGAAAAAGAGAAAGUAUGAGCUUGGUCGCCAGCCUGCUAACACUAAGCUGUCAAGCAACAAGACUGUCAGGAGGAUCCGUGUUAGAGGUGGCAAUGUGAAGUGGAGAGCACUGAGAUUGGAUACUGGAAACUACUCUUGGGGAAGUGAAGCUGUAACUCGCAAGACUCGUAUACUUGAUGUGGUAUACAACGCCUCAAACAAUGAGCUUGUGCGUACUCAGACCCUUGUCAAAAGUGCUAUUGUUCAGGUUGAUGCCGCUCCCUUCAAACAGUGGUAUCUUCAGCACUAUGGUGUUGACAUUGGUAGGAAGAAGAAGACAGCUGCAAAGAAGGAUUCCGCAGAGGAGGGUGACGCUGCAGCAGCAGAAGAAGCCAAAAAGAGUAACCAUGUGCAAAGAAAACUAGAAAAGCGCCAGAAGGAUCGCAAGCUUGAUGCUCACAUUGAGGAGCAGUUUGGUGGUGGUCGUUUACUUGCUUGCAUUUCCUCUCGACCUGGUCAAUGUGGCAGAUCUGAUGGCUACAUUCUGGAAGGUAAAGAGUUGGAAUUUUACAUGAAGAAACUCCAGAAGAAGAAGGGGAAAGGUGCUGCCUGAUUUUAGGUUUUCCCCAAUUUUUAUAUAUGGCUUUAGUCGUUUUUAUUUGUUGCUGGUACCAUUCAUGCAGAUGUUUUGUGCCACAGGACAUUUAGUGCAAACUAUCAUCCUAGUAUUUCAAAUUGACACUUAAUUUUGUUUUUAACUGUUUUUUGCUUCUGAUGAGUUACAAUUUUAUAAAUGAAUGUCUUUUAAUCCUUA